AUGAACCAUGAGAAGACACAUGGAUAUCACUCCCACCCUAAAGGUAGCAGCUCCGCUUCUCACAGUGCCAUGGAGGACCCCGUGCUCGCUCUCGCCAUGGAACCUACAAUUCAGAGAUAUACACCAGAAGACGAUAUCGCCUCUAUCCCUUCCUCAUAUAAAAAGCUGCGCAAGUCAAAAUCCAUGUUUACCACUUCGCACCAACCGGACACUGGCCACCGAAGCUUGAUCUCCCAAAAAUAUAGAAAAUGGACGGGGACCAAGACUUCCAAAUACAAUGCGCUUAACAAAGAGAACAGUAUAACCCCGAGAGAGGAAUCAAUAAAUUUGCGUGCUCCAAAAUCGAUGAGUUUCCUCCGAAGCCGCCAAGAGCUUCCUGUCAUUCAGCCAACCAGCCGUGCGCAAAAUGAUUUGGCUGUGCAGCUUGCUCGAGAUACCUUCCGGCAACAGGUCGAGCAGCAGUCCCGGUCAAAACCUCACCCAUCGGAAUUCUUUCGGUCCAAGACUCGUCGGAUGGAUGGCUCAUUUGGAAUACGCCGCUCGUUACGAAACAGCAGUAACAGCAGUGGUCCUUUGCCGUUCUCACCGUCAGGAGAGACUCUGGUUGUCCCCAAGCAGGGCGCUUUGCGGAACACGGCUCGUAAAGUUUCAAAGUCACUCAAAAGCAAGAUCAAGGGCUUUUUCAAUCGAAAGUCCUCCCAAGGCGAUGCAACUAGUCAGGAGGAGGGGGAGGAAUUUGCUUCCUCGCAGCAUUCCGACGAUGACGUUUCGCAUCAUAUUGAAGGCGCACAUCUUAAUGAGAAGGCAUCUAUGUCUCAGGGUGCUUCUAGAAUUGCUUCACUGCACGCGAUACCCUCAAGCCAGCAUAUAAGAUCCUGCCGUGUCAGUAUAGAGAGCUGUGGUUGGGAGGAAACAGCCAGCGUGGAGGAAAAGUCUCGUGUGACAAGCUGGACUGAUUCUCUCACCAACACUCUUGGGAGCCAGUCGGGGUUUGGAGACCGAGAAUGGAAGCGCCUUUCAGUGAUCAAAGAAAAUGGGCUACAUGCAUCCUCUAUGCAACCAAAUGCUUUCUCUCAACCUCAGUCAUCGGACGGAGAGGUCGAUUGUCAUCACACCUACUUAGGACUAACCACCGGGGAGAAUGUGGCCAAGGAGGACGAGAACGGGACACAGAAGCAUGAAAGUGGCCGUAUGCGAAGCUUUAGGAAAGCUCAAUCGCGAAGCGGUUCUGUUGACCAGUUAGGAGCAUGUGGAUGGUCCCCACCAACAAUCCGUUGUGUGAGCACCGGGGAUGAUGAUGUCUUCCAGGACAAGAGUCGUGCAACAAAGGACUCUCACAUACCUGGAGUUUCGGAAACCACCUCUGAGCCCUCGGGGCCAUCCGGAACAGAGCUAGAAGCCCAGAAGUUGGAUGCUGAAAAUAAAUAUGCCCAGCCCGACCAUUCUGAGAAAGCAUUCAGCACAACCUCGAGAGAUGGUGGGAGCUGUCGCAGGAAAAUGGUGGAUAGAAGCUCGGCAUUCUUUGCCAGUCCUUCGAGCCAUUUGUUCAGAACCACCAGUCCAUUUAGACGAGCUUUACGCGAAAACAUGUGUGCUGCUAAGCGCAGCGCCGAAUGUCGCUCUACAACUUCUACGGACUAUCUCGAUUCACUAUCGAAGUUCACGCUCCCACCCCGUCAGCCAAGCAGCCGCGGUUCCCCGACCCUGGAGCAUAGAGAAGAUACGGAGAGUAUUUACUCUCCUGAUGGGGCAGAUGGAUCGGAGAAUCACUGGAAGAGAGAUGAAUCUCUUUCAGCGUUCCCCAAUCCACCUUCUUCUCGCAAUGUCUGCGGGCAAAAUGGAUUUUCCAACUUUGCCAGCCUGACUGAAGAUCCUUGGACUUGCAAAGGUCAGCGAGAGGUCUCGGGCAUAUUGCAAGACUCGAGACGAUUCCAGCAGCACUGGCAACUACCCUUCAAGCGACACCGGCAGUACCGGUAUUGGGAAACCAUGUGA